CACACAGUGGAGGAAAAAAUGCUUAGUCACCCCUCCAAAGCACAAACACACAUACUUCCGUCUCCGUCUCAGUAUAAUAGCACCUGAGCAGGUGGAGUUGCUGCAGAACAACGGAAUAAUCAGGUACUGCUGUCAGUCAGAAUGAUGAAUGUGCGGAAAGUGCAAAAGACGGUCCUGAGCGUGGAGCAGGCAGAGGGGGUCGGGGCUCGAGUUCGCAGGAGCAUUGGUAGAAAGGAGCUCAGGAACCUGGAUCCUUUCUUGAUGCUGGAUGAGUUUAGAGUGAGCAAGCCAGCAGGAUUUCCAGACCAUCCUCACAGGGGAUUCGAGACGGUAACAUAUCUUUUAGAGGGGACCAUAGCCCAUGAAGACUUUUGUGGCCAUUCUGGACGACUGAAACCUGGAGAUCUGCAGUGGAUGACUGCAGGACGGGGGGUGGUCCAUGCUGAGAUGCCCAUGUCAGAGGAGCCGGUGGUGGGGUUACAGCUGUGGGUUAACCUGUCGAGGCGAGAAAAAAUGGUGGAACCUGCGUACCAGGAGCUUAAAGGCUCGGAUAUCCCCAAACCCAGCCAGGGAGGAGUUGCAGUCACUGUGAUAUCUGGGGAAGCGUUAGGAGCAAAGUCCAAGAUCUACACAAGGACACCAACCUUGUACCUGGACUUCAAAUUGCAGGCAGGGGCCGUGCACGUGCAGCCUGUGCCAAAAGGUUGGACCACAUUCAUCUAUACACUAUCAGGAUCCAUUCAUGUUGGCCCAGAUGAGGAGCAGCAGCAGGUGGAGGCUCAUCACACUGUGGUGUUUGGGGAUGGAGACUGUGUCAGGUUUGAAAACAAGGGCUCUGAGGUUUCUCAUUUUGUGCUGAUCGCUGGAGAACCAAUCAACGAGCCAGUGGUACAACAAGGUCCAUUUGUCAUGACCACCAAGGACGAGAUCAAAGACGCCAUCAAAGAUUACCAGAACUGCAGAAAUGGCUUUGAGAGGGCCUCAAACUGGAGCUCCACAAUCAGAGAUUCUUUUUGACUGCCAUGUCUUUCACUUUUUUGCCUGCUGGAAAACAUUUGUUACUAGAGAAAAAAAAAAAUUAGGGUGGUUUUCCUUUUGUUAUAAUCAUGUAAACAUGGCAAAAGUUUUUUUUUUUAAGAACUUGUUCUUAUUAUUUAAGAUAUGAUUUCUGUAUGAUUAAAUUCAACCUGUUCUGUGAUAUAGCUCCAUUAUGGCACAGCAUUCCCUUGUUAUAUUUAAAUUUUAUGGCAGUUUCUUCUGUUGGUUUAACAGAGCUGGAAACUGUGCAGUGUGUUUGUAAGGAAUUUGUUAAAAUUGUAAUUAUAGUAGACCUAUGACCUAUGAAUCAUUUCACAUAAUAAAGGCACCUAACUCAGGGGAUGAACCAGUGUUGUGUCUACACAUAACAGACACCUUA